ACUUUUCAAAAACUUCGCGAACCUUAAACUGUGUGGAUGUGCGUCGUCUGCGCUCCGUGAAUAUUAAGCUAAUAUUCAGCUAUCUCAUCAUAAAACAGGGUAAAUACCUGAAAGAUUUUUGCGUACCAGUUUGGCUCCUCCAUAGCAAUCAUAUCUUAUCACGGAGUACUUUGCUCCACUUCCGGUUUUCGAGGCACCUCGGUGCGCGAGUGUGCGUCGUGUGUGUUUUUGUGCGUAUGUGUCGUGUCCCUAUGUGAAUAUUAAGUGCAUAUGAUAAGAAAGUUGAAAGUAGGAAAAAAAGGAGGAAAACUCCAUUAUCCAGAGCAAGUAGGCUGGGUGAAAUAUAGUGGCGGGGUUUUCUUGAAAAGGGAAGCUGCGCUUCCUGUGGCGUACAAGGUGUGACCAGUGGAGGUGCAUUGUUUAUCUUUUUUUUUAAAUAAUUGUAGUGUUGUAUUACAAUUUGCUUCCAUCGUGUAAGCUGUGAUUUUUGGUCAGUGUUGUCACCGGAGCAUUUCAUCGUUGAUUAUUGUGAGUGAAAUCAAUCAGGUCUGAAUUGAUGAAUAGUUUUUUUUCUUGUGGGUAAUCAUUUCGUCCAAUAUUGUCAUUGGAUUGUAAAAGUUUUUCUAAAGAUUGAAGAGAAAAGCGUGCGCCAGUGAAAAGCGUUAAUACUGUGAACAUUCAACGAGAAAGAUUGGCAAUCGAAGUAAUCAUGGCGGCUCAGGAGAUCGAAAGUGGCACGUCGUGGGGCAAAGAAUUAUGGGAUCAAUUUGACAAUCUUGCUACACACACGCAGAAAGGAAUUGACUUCUUCGAACGAUUCGGAAACUUCAUUCGUGAUCGCAGUGCCAUCGAAGUUGAAUACGCGCUAAAGCUCAGACGGCUUGUGAAGAACUAUCAACCCAAAAAGAGCAAAGAGGACGAAGAAAAUGAAUUUUCCUCCCUGAUUGCGUUCAAAAAUGUCCUCAAAGAGGUGGCCGAUCUGGCCGGCCAGCGUGAAGUGGUAGCCGAAAACCUACAGAACCAGGUGCUGCAGAACAUUAUGCUGCUGUCGAAAAUUUUGCGCGAGGAGCGCAAAAAGGCACUUAACCAGGGCGCAGGGUUGACCCAGUCGCUUCACACACAGAUCGGUACGCUGGAUCGGGCGAAACGCAGCUACGAGAAGGCGUUCCGCGAGGCGGAAAAGGCGAUCGAAAGCUACCACAAGGCGGAUGCCGAUUUUCACCUUAGCCGUGCCGAUGUGGAGAAGCAGCGCGUGAACAUGAACAUUCGCAACAGCCAGUCGGAGGACGCGAAGAGUGAAUAUGCUAACCAGCUGCAGAUCACAAACAAGCAGCAGCAGCAGCACUAUCAAAUAGCACUUCCGGAGGUGUUCAACAAACUGCAGGAACUGGACGAAAAGCGAACGCGUGGUAUGAAAGAAUUCAUCAAACGGGCGGCAGAUGUCGAGUACGAAGUAUCGCCCAUCAUUGCCCGAUGUCUGGAAGGGAUGGUAAAGGCAGCCGAUUCGAUUAACGAGAAGGACGACUCGAUGAUUGUUAUAGAAAAAUAUCAGUCGGGUUUUCAACCUCCGGGAGAUAUACCGUUCGAGGAUCUAUCCAAGUCUGACCCGGACGCUUCCAACAAUUCGCAAACUCACAACUCCAGCACCGGACUUAACCAUAUGACGGGGAAGGGCACAACGAAGGAUAAGCUUAAGAAACGCGUUGGCAUUUUCGGUAUCUUCACCGGCAAUAAGAAGAUUCUCGAAGCCUGCAUAAAUGUAAAGAACAACCUUUCUACGGACGGUCUGAAGGAAGAUUUCAGCGACCUCCCACCGACGCAACGGCGGAAAAAGCUCACAGCAAAGGUGCAGGAGCUGCAGCAGAAGGUAGCCCAGGAGCAGGCGGCCAGCGAUGGGUUGAUGAAAAUGAAGGGAGUGUACGAGGCGAACUCAAUGCUCGGCGAUCCGCGUACGGUAGAGGAGCAGCUAAAUGAGUCGGUCAACCGGUUGGAUAGGCUACGGCACGAACUGGGACGCUACCAAAAGCUGCUGGAGCAGGCUAACAACCAAACGUUCAUUCAGCACAGUCCCCAAUCAAACCGUGUGACACAGAACGGACAACGAUCGUCCAGACAUUCCAACGGUAGCAGUAAUCAUGAGAACAGUCACGAAGAUAAUGGUGAAGAUCAUCCAGACGAUGCCGGUAGCCUUAGCAGGUCAGCUUCCGAAAGUAGUGUACAGCAAGCGCAAAAUGGGCUUAACAUUAACAACAACGGCAGCUCAGCGAGUCCGGAAAGUGGGCUGGGUACAUCACACACCUCGCUACCUGGUUCCGGUCAAGGCAGCACGAACGAACAGCCAAUGAAUGAGGAAUAUUACGAAGCAGAAACGCCACUGGGAACAUGCCGAGCGCUCUAUCCAUUUGAUGCAACGAGUGAAGGCAGCAUUCCAAUGUCGGAAGGCGAAGAAUUGCAAGUGAUAGAAGUAGACCAGGGAGACGGUUGGACCCGGGUGCGACGGUUUAGCUCGAAGGGUUGGGAAGAAGGAUUUGUACCGACCAGCUACAUUGAGUGUACGCUGUAUGCGUAGUGUUGAUCACCCCUGCUAUCUUUAAUCGGCCGGAUGUGCGGAGCAGUAUCCAACCCAUCCCAACUGUAAAUAGUUAAUAUAAAAUGCUGCGUGAUGGGAAAAGGUUCUCCCAGCAACAACUACCUAAAUGUAUGCUUUAGUCGACAAAUAGUAGUGGCAAUUUAAAAACACAGUGCUUGCAAAAGGGACAAAUACGAACCGCGAGAGAUGCAUAAAGAGAGAUAAAGAGAGAGUGGAAGGCUCGUGGAUAGUAGUGUCAAAUUCUACUGACAUUGCAUUAGAACGAUUACAAGCAGAUAAAAUGUUUACGCCAAUAUGCGUUACAAAUAGAAAAGUGCACACGUUUUUUUGCGAUUUUGCUCUAUUGCGCCUAAUAGUUCUCCAUUGCCAAAAGUGACUAUAAUGGCGAUAAUGAGCAGGGUUUGAAGAUAAACCAGACAGCUUUCAUAUCCGCACUGGUUUGCGGAAAAAAGCGGAGAGAUCCAUCAUUCAUUCAUGUUUUCUUGUUCCCCUACCCGAACUAGUAUUUCGCUUUGACCUUUUAGGAAAUUGAUCCUACAUUUAGUAGCACUGUAUUGCGGCAUUCGAAUGUGAAAUCGUGCUCUAUCGUUUUUAAGGUUUUUCUAUCGCUAUCAGUACGAUGUUGAAUUACAGCUACGCCAACGAUGGAUUGCGCGCUUUUUCAAAGGUUAGCUAGUUUCCUUUUAAUACGUAGUUGGCAAUUAUUGUUGCUUCAGAACCAUUUCAGCUAAAUGUGCGCAUGAAUAACCCUCGAAUCUAAAAAAGGCAGUCGCUACUGGAAAAAACAUGUAUGUAUCAUAAAGUAGCAUAAAAGCAGUGACGAAAACAUUACGCGCGUAAUCUAUUGCCAUGAACGCUGUUGAAUUCGAUUAAAUGAUAAACUACACCAGCACGUUUGAUCAGUGCACUUUAGUAACAAAAAAAAACAAUCCUUAAAAUAUCCGCACCGUAGUUAUCAUCAUCGAGCUUUAGUGGACAUUUUAUCAGAAAAGUUUUUUUUCGUUUUAUUCGUUUUUCUUGUCGCUACCCUACACACAGGUUUUAAAGCUGCUUUUUCCCCCGUUCAGUUACUCCUAUGUGUCCAUUACAUGAGCAAAACGAGGAGUUUAAAGUUGAUAUAUCAUACUAAAUAUCGUAUCGUACAUCAUCAUCAAAACAUUAUUCGCAUGGAAGCGAGUGCUCCCUGAGCAGAAUGAGCUGGAGCGAGCUUGGUAUGGUUUAGAUUAAAAUAAGGAAUAAAGUAAGGAAGGUGCGAAGGUAAGGGAAAUACCAUAGUUUUGCAACUGGAAAUGAGCGACGUAAGGCAUAGGAUAACUGUGUUAAUAUAUUACGCUGUAUGUAGUGUCCACGUACACAAUUUCUUCGUACACAUUCGCGUCCAUACCGUUUAUUUGUCGGAAUACCCGGUUAGUCAAAGCAUAAACAAUACGAAACGAAUCAAAAUAAAGUAUCCUUCGUUCGUCGUCCCAUCUCAUCCGCGGUCCUUGUCCGAUGUUUGGUAUGAGAUUUGAAACGUUUACAUAAAUUGCUGCAGUACAAGGGCGAAUUCACUUUUAUCAACGAACUAUUACUAUUCUACAAAUACACAAUUUCAAUAGUCAAUACAAUUUACAUACAUCACCGAUACAGUUAGUACUGUUGUACUUGUAAAUUGUAAACAGAUAAGAAAAGUGGUGAUUUUGCUUCAUCUUCCAUUAAAAAAAUCCAGAUAAAACAAAUAACAAAUAACAGUCCUUCAACACACAAACAAUAAAAAAAAACAAACAAUGAAGGUUAGGUCAUGCCGAAAUUUAUAACAAUUGCCCGUUGCAUGUUUGUAGCAUAGAAAUGCUCUAACGAUACAAAGUAGAAUCUGUUAGUUCAGCUAUUUUUCUGAACGUUCACCAGUACUAACAAAAAAAGGUAUAAUCAACACACUUCAAUAAAACAAUCGUAGGAAGAACUGAAAUCAUUUACCGGAACAUGUAAAGUGUUAGCUUCAGACACUCAGUAAUUAAAGCAAAAGCUAUAUGAAUAUGUAAAACUCUAUAUAUUUAUACGAAAAGAUACCGAUAUUUACGAGCGCUCAAUUGACGGUAGAAAGAUAUGCAAUACGGUGUCCAAAUUUUGGUCCGUAUUAUAGCAAACGUUGGAAUAGAAAAUCUUAUUGAAUAACUCAUCCUAAAACAUGCUCACAUUUUGGCACCGCCAGUAUAAUCUUCUUCACAACAAAUCGAGAAAAACGACAAAAGUGAUCCUUAAAAAUUUGAUCCAAAAAAUUGAUCAGUUAGCUCUCCCGAGAAACACAAAAUCAUUCUAUCCUAGCUCAGUUACCAUGUCUGAUAAAGAGGAAAAAUAAUAAUCGUAACAGAUCAGAACUAAAACAACCAGCAAACUUAUUGUCAGCAGAAAGGAUAAGAAAUUGAGACCGAGUGAGAGAAAAAGAGAGAGAGAGACGACGAUGAAGAUGCUAGAUAAAUAGGAAACAUAACAAAUUGGAAGGCGUUAGUUUAAGUUUGUAAAUUAAAGAACAACAAAAUUUAACACCAUUUACAAAAGAAGAAACAAAUGCCAACCGUGCAACCAGCUGCAAUAAAACGGAGAAAUUAAAAUUCAUGUACAAGUUACUAAGAAACACAUCGGUGUUCUCUAUAUAGGACACUAAAACGCAAUCAAAAUACUUUCAUUAGUUCGCUAUACGGUUCCCAUGUGUGUGUGUGUGCAUAUGGGGUCCACUAUCGCACUGGUUGCACAUUAUGCAGAAUGUUGGCAUGCAAUGAGUCACACUGCUAGAACAGCAGUCUCUCAUUUUAUAAUUUAACACAAAAAACCCGCAAAACAAAGGCAGUAAGAAUAAAAAAAAACUAUACUCAAAUGAA